GGCGGCCUCGGCCCGGCGCUGACGUCGCCGAGGGGCCGGGGCGAGGCGGCUGCGGCUCGGGGCGCGCAAGAUGGCGGCAGCGGCGGGUGACGGUUGCAGAUUGAAGUGUCAUGUACAGAAGAUAGCUUGGACGAUGUGUUUUGCUAGUGUCUCUCUGCAGUUUCAGUUUUAACGAUGGAUAAGUGUAAGCACAUAGGACGUCUGCGACUGGCCCAGGAUCACUCCAUUCUGAAUCCCCAGAAAUGGCACUGCGUGGACUGCAAUACCACCGAAUCCGUGUGGGCGUGCCUCAGCUGCUCACACGUGGCCUGCGGAAGAUACAUCGAAGAACAUGCACUAAAGCACUUUCAGGAGAACGGUCACCCAGUGGCGUUGGAAGUAAACGAGCUGUAUGUUUUCUGUUAUCUCUGUGACGAUUAUGUUCUUAAUGAUAACGCAACGGGAGAUUUAAAGCUGUUGCGGAGUACAUUAAGUGCAAUCAAGAGUCAGAACUAUGAGUGCACUACUCGUAGCGGGAGGACUUUGCGUUCGAUGGCGGCAAGUGAUGACUCCUACCUUGCGCAUGACAGUGCCCAAGCCUUGCUUCGGAACCAGGACCGCAUGUUCACAGCGCUGUGGCACAGGAGGCGUGCGUUCCUGGGCAAGGUAUUCAGAUCCUGGUUUCAAUUGACGCCUAGUGGAAAAAAGAUUUUGGAGGAAGAAAAGCGUUGGGAAGAGGAGGAGGAAAGAAGGGACAAAGCUAGAAAGAGAAGACAAGAACGAAAGCGCCAGUUGAAAGAAGAGAUGGAAAAGAUGCCCCCAAGAAAGAGUUCCCGUUUACAAAACCAGAUUAGAAUGUCCUCAAAAACAGCACCCUGCAUGCAAAAAGCAUCACAGAACGUGGAAUCUGUGGCAGCGUUGAAAGAAAUGUAUACCUCAGAUGAAGUAAGAUUGAAAAAAUUAAGUGACUCCCCAAUUAAACGAAGGCCCACGGUGACUCCAGGAGUAACAGGACUGAGAAACCUGGGAAAUACGUGCUAUAUGAACUCUAUCCUGCAGGUAUUAAGUCACUUACUUAUUUUUCGAGAAUGCUUUUUAAAGCUUGAUCUCAACCAAACUCAGGAACUGCUGGCAACAGCAGCCAGUGGUAAAACCAGAUCUUCAUCUAAACACACUUCAGUAACUGCCUCAACAUUACAAAUGAGUGAGAACCAAGAGAAAGGAAAGGGAUCAUCUUCUGUGAGGCGGUCUAGUUUAUCCUCUGGAUUAAGUGGAGGAGCAUCAAAAAGUAGAAAUAUGGAACUUAUUCAGCCCAGGGAGCCCAGUUCAAAGCAUAUUUCUCUUUGUCACGAGCUGCAUACUCUGUUUCAAGUGAUGUGGUCUGGCAAAUGGGCGCUUGUGUCUCCAUUUGCUAUGCUUCAUUCUGUGUGGAGACUAAUUCCAGCCUUCAGAGGAUAUGCCCAACAAGAUGCUCAGGAAUUCCUUUGUGAACUUUUGGAUAAAGUGCAGCAGGAACUGGAGACUACAGGGACCAGAUACCCAGCUCUCAUCCCUGCUUCUCAAAGAAAACUUAUAAAACAGGUUUUGAAUGUGGUUAACAACAUUUUUCAUGGACAGCUAUUAAGUCAGGUUACGUGUCUUGCCUGUGACAAUAAAUCAAAUACCAUAGAACCUUUCUGGGACCUGUCACUGGAGUUUCCUGAGAGGUAUCACUGCAACGGCAAGGAGAUGACGUCGCAGUAUCCCUGUCUGCUGACAGAAAUGCUGGCCAAGUUUACAGAAACUGAAGCUUUGGAAGGGAAGAUAUAUGCAUGUGAUCAGUGCAACACAAAACGCAGGAAGUUUUCUUCUAAACCAGUUAUACUCACAGAAGCUCAGAAGCAGCUUAUGGUGUGUCGACUACCUCAGGUUCUCCGAUUACACCUGAAACGGUUUAGGUGGUCAGGACGCAAUCAUCGUGAAAAGAUUGGUGUGCAUGUGAAUUUUGAUCAAAUGCUGAACAUGGAGCCUUACUGCUGCAGAGAAUCCCUCAAGUCUCUCCUACCUGACUGCUUUAUCUACGACUUAUCUGCUGUAGUAAUGCAUCACGGGAAAGGAUUUGGCUCAGGGCACUACACUGCCUACUGCUACAAUUCAGAAGGAGGAUUUUGGGUACACUGCAAUGAUUCGAAACUCAACAUGUGCACUAUGGAAGAAGUAUGCAAGGCUCAAGCCUACAUCUUGUUUUACAGCCAACGACUUACUCAGGCAAACGGACAUGGUAAAGUAUGUCCUAGCACAGCUCAAAGUCAGCAGCACACAGAAUUAGCUGUCUGCUCUGUGGACAACAGUAGCAGCUAAUCCAAAGUCAAUUAACUGUGUGUAUGGUAAAGUUUGAAUUGUCAUAACUAUAUAUUUUUAAAUGCAAGUACAGUAUUGUACUUUUUGACUUUGUGUACAAUGUUUAUAUACUUUUGUAUUAGGUAAAAUACUCUUUACAGUUGUUAGUAAAAGUUUUUAUUGACAGUAAGUAACUUUCUAAGUAACUAGAAUUUCAAUACAGCUAUUUUUUUAAGAAAAAGAUUGCCAUUUGCAUUUAACUCUUACCUCAGGCUGGUUUUUUAAGCUGUUUUUGUAUUUUGAUAAUCUUUUUGAAUUGGUUUAGAAAAAUGAAUUUCAGUGGACAACCGAUGUUUCUCUGGUUAAUUUUCUAUAUAUGCUUGUGUACAUUUUAUAGUGUAGUUUUAAUGGUAUCAAGACUCUUACUGUCUGCAGGAAUUGUCACUAGGUCUUAGAAUAUUAACAUUCACCUGCAAAGACUCUUCUACAUGUCAAAUAGAAACUGAACUUUUUGUAAGAAACUUUUUGUAUGUUCUUCAUGACUAAAAUGAAAUUUAUUUGCAGGCUUCUCUCCAGGCUUUCAAGGGAGCUACACUAAAGCUACACUGAUAGAGUUUCUUAAAAUCUGAAAUUAAGGAAAUAAACACAUACUUAUUUUCAUAUAAGUAUUUAAGGAGGAGUGUUCAAUAGCACAAGAAUUCAUGUUUACUAAGACUUGCGUGUUUUAGCCUUAAUGAGUCUGAUGAUUUAAAAUUCAAGUGCCAAAUCCAAAGUACUGAUUUUGACAACCAGGGCCUUUUUAUUCCUGUAACUUAAGAAAGCUUAUUAAGAAAGACAGCUCCACCCUGCCCAGUCAUUGUGACAAGAAUGUUAGCAUCUCCUUUCUUAAAUUGGACAAGCUUACUUAAAAUUGUAGCAUUUUCUGUUUUACAAGCCAUUGAAAAGAAGCUGUAAGAGUUGCAGCUGAUGAAACCAGUCAGGUGCAAAAUGCUUUCAUACAACUGCUGUACCUUUUCCAUGGUCCUACCACUAGCAUUAACAGAAAUGUGCAUCGAGGAGAAUCUAACAAGCAGGAAUCAUCAGUCUUUCUCCACAUGCAGUAGUUAAUGCCAAGAAAAUUUUAAUUGUGAAAUUAUUUUGCAUAAGUCCUAUGCAAAUUGUUACCUCAUCUUCUGCAAAGUUUAUACCUCAAUAAAAUGCCUUGAUGUGGACAGAAA